AUGGCUGACGAGGAGAAAGGCGCCCAGGUCCAGCAAUAUUUGACCGGCUUCGGCUCGUUUGCAAACGUCAUCUCCAGCGACAGUGACCACGCCACAGCGGUCUACAAGACCUUCGACAAGCUCGCAGCCCGCGAUCUGCUCUACUAUCAAGCUGAGCUGUUGGAGCUUGAGGCGUUGCAAGAUCGAUACGACCGCGAAGAUGCCGCCGACGUCCCCAAGCUCGACAGCUUCAGCCCCGAGUGGGUUCAGAUUCGGCAGAAUACGCGGAACUGGUCCUCUUUCAAGCAGAGCUCGCAAGAGCCCAGUGCGAUAGGGGCGCGGUGGAAGGGGCGAACGGACUUGGCCAUGCAGAUCAGAGCGAAGUUGGGAGAGUACCGCGAAGCUCUCAUCGCCAAUGCCAAGGUGUUGUCGUUGUCGCCCCCAUCGAAGCAGACCAUGACAGCCUUGUCGCGUACAUUCCACCAGAGACUAUCGAGCUUCGACGAUCCAUCCGAGACAGAUGCCGUUCUGAUGGGCCACGGCGGUGCGAGCAACCCUGACCGACCACGUCUCGCUGAAGUCCAUCCCGAACCGGACUUCUUGACAUACAUCUUAAAGACAUAUUGCUCGCGACUCUUCAAAGUCCGACGUAGGGCUCCUUCUCAUGGUCCAACACACCUAUCCUCGCCAGAAGUACGCCACUACUCGAUCGAGCGUAUCAACUUUGCGGCUUUGUUCAUCACAACAGUCCUCUCGGCCCUACCGAUAUAUGUGCUCUACCACAUGUCUUCCGGCCAGCCUGGGUUGACGCUUGGAUUGAUUGCUCUGUUCACGUGUUUGUUCGUGGGGACCGUUGCCCUUGUCACGAAUGCAAGGAGAGCAGAGAUCUUCGGCUCGUGCGCCGCGUAUGCGGCAGUCCUGGUGGUGUUCGUCAGCGGCGAUUUCGCCAACGGAAGUCCUGUCGGCCCAAAUGACUAG